GACUCAAUUUGGUACCGGAGUCGCCGUGUCGUUCCUCCGCCGACUCUUCUUCCCCUUCGCCGACGGGUUUUCGCCUCAAAUUCGUCGUUCUUCUUCGUUCUUUGGCACCGGUGAGCGGCCUCCUCCGUUUGUUUUUAUUCCUCGGCGAUGGUGCCGCUGCUACCAGGUCUACGCCUAUGCAUUAGGGUUUCGUCUUAAGGACGCCAAGCUCGUGAACUAAUACCAGGAUUCUUUUCUGCAUAACAGUUUUAAAGGCACUGGAGAUAUGGCUUCUUCACCUCCUGUCUCUAGUAGCAAGAUUGGUGAUUCUAUUACUGCAAUUGGAGCCAUAAAUGGAAAUGCAGCAUCGCAAAGGCCUAGCGCAUAUGGGAUGCCAAAGCCUAGCCUCCGUGGGCAAAACAAGCCUAAGUGCAUCAAGUGCGGGAAUGUUGCCCGGUCUAGGUGCCCGUUUCAGUCAUGCAAAAGUUGUUGUGCUAAAGCUGAAAAUCCCUGUCAUAUUCAUGUGCUGAAACAGAAUGGUACAUUGCCGGAUAAACCACCAACAUCUAGCUCUACAUCAGUUGAGCAGCCACCAAAUGAUGUGUCAUCGCCGUCUGGGUCUUCUUGGAGACUCAAUUCACUCAGGCACGCCUCUACUAAUUUUGUCAAUAUCCUACGUGCAAAGAAGCCUUUGACCAAGAAGGAUGCAAUUAAUCUAAAUAAGUGGAAGUUUAUGAAGUUAAGAGAGCAUCUUGAAGGAAAUGUUGAAGCUGAAAAUGAGGCAUUUGAUAGAUAUGUGCAGAAUGUGAGUUUGUUGGAGGAAACAUUCUCAUUACCGAUCAUGGAAGAAGCAGAAACUCAAAGUCAGGUUUCUUCUGGUUCUAUUCCUUCUGAAAAAUUAAUCUCAGAUAUCAAAACGAAGCUUGAAUCUGAUUCUCAAAGAACUGAUACUUUAAGGGAGAGAAUAAAAAGUCUUAUUGAUCAGAAAUUACUGGAAUUGCUGAAUGGAGAACUUGGUUUUGAUGAUUAUGAGACCUAUGAUGAUGACCCAGAUGAUGUCAAAGAGUUUAAAAGAUCGAAAAUGAUUAUGCAGUCACGCUAUGACAAGAAUGCGAGCAUGGCAGAUCUAAUUAGUAAAUUGAACAGAGCAGCAAGCAAAGAAGAUUUGACAGCUUGUUCAGAUUUGAUGCUUCAGCACCGAUCUAAUAAUCUGAGUGGAUAUCAAUUCACUGAAAGUAAAGCAGCAUUGUAUUUUCGUUCCCUGCCUAAGAUGUGUUCGACUGUCCAUGUUGAUCAAGAUGCUCUCGAGAAUAUCAACUCUGAGCUUUCGUCUCUAGACCACAUUUUUCAGCUGUGAUUUGUUAGAUCAAAGGCUAAAGGCUCUGAAUUCAUUGUAAUGUGCUUUCUUGUAUGACUACUCUUCAAGUUUAGUUCUUCCAUAGUAUUUUGUUGUUGUUGUAGUAUUACAAGCCAUUGUUCAAGUGUUAACGUGAAAACUUUUAAGCUCUGUUACCUAGAAAAGGAACGGAACUAAUGAAAUAUUUUGUUAAUUGUAACA